CGGUCAAAAGUCGAAACUGUCAUUUGUAAAAUAAUUUUUAGGUUAGCUUUUAGCUUCCCUAUGAGAAACACAAACUUUUCACAAUAUAAACAUUUUCCCAAACAUGGAAAAUAAUACGAAUAAUUCAGAUAAUCAAGACGCUAUCGAAGUAAACGUCACCCAGCCAUUACAGCCCAAAGAAGAACCGAUAGCAAAAUCAGCAAAAGACCUGUUUUCCGAUUUCAAAGCCUCAGAUGAAUCUGAUUUUGAACCAAACGAUUUAGAGGCUAUUACCGAUACAGAUUCCGACGAACCCCUUUCGAAGAAAUUAAAGAAGAAGAAGGAAUUAAAACGUAAAUCCAAAGCUUCUAACAAUGAUGAUUCGCCUAAGAAAAAGAAGAAUUAUAUCCAAAAAUACAAAAAAGAAUGGGAAGCUAUACCUGCUGUUAAGCCUUGGAUAUCUGAAAGUGUGCAUGGUCCACAUUAUUUUUAUUGUAGGUUUUGUAAAAAGGACUAUAAAUGUGGUAAAACCGAAAUUUUCAAACACAUGAGUGCUAUGAAACAUAAAAAGCAUUUGACGAAUACUACACAGUCAGUACAGAAUAAAUUUCUGUUCAGAGGGUUGCUUUGUCCUGUAAUAACACCAUUUGUAAAGUCUAGAGGUAAAGAAGUUAAUUACAAACUAAUUAAUCCUUAUGCAAAAUUUUUAAAAGCCUGUGGAGUUAAGGGAAUUCUAUUAAAUGAUUUUACUGGUGAAGGUAUGUCUUUAACCACGGAAGAAAGAAAGCAACUAGUCGAAUUUUGGUAUGACAUUUGUAAAGAGAAAAAUCAAUUUUUGAUGGUACAAGUUGGUGGAGCACCUUUAAAAUCUGUUAUUGAAAUGGCCAUACAUGCAGAAAAAUUGAAGGUAGGCGCCAUUGUUCUUAUGGCUGACCUUUACCACAGGCCAAAAAAUCAUUUAGAUCUCAUAAGAUAUAUUAAAAUAAUAUCGGAGUACACAGAGAAAGUUCCAAUAUUAUACCAUCAUUAUCCAAAAUAUACCCAACUUUAUAAUAUUGACAUGACUGCAUUUUUAUUAGACAUAACAGGAGAAGUUGAACAAUUCGUUGGUGUAAUAUACACAACAAAUGAUUUACAAGAUGGACUCACAGCGCUGACGCUGAACCCUGACAAAUACGUUGUAUUUAUGGGUACUGACGAAGUAAUGCUUGGAGCAGUGGCCAGCGGUUUUACCUGUAUAAUGGGUAACAGUAUUAACAUUUUACCAAAACUAGCAGAAUCUAUAUGUCAGUGUAUCAAAGAUGGAGAAAUCAAAAGCGCACAAGCGUCACAAAAUCUGUUAAAAAAGGCUAUUGACAAUAUUUAUUGUAAUGGUGAUAUGGUGGCGACUUUGAAAGCUGCCAUUAGUAUAAUGACGAAUCUACCUGUUGAUACAGUCAGAGAACCCUUGCAAACAGUUUGGGAAGGCACAAUUAUUAAAAUGAGGAAUAAAUUACAUGAAAUUGGAAUUAUAUAAUUGUUUGUUAAUGUAACAAAAUAUUCAAUAGACUCUUUUU